UCAAGACAAUUGAAGCAAGGUACAGAAGUGAACACAUCUUCUCUCAAGACGCAAGGGAACUUACAGUCAAGAUGGUGAAGGACAGACACAAUGGGAACUCUGCUGUUGAAUCAGAGACGCCACACAGGUGCAACCUGCUCUGCCUCGGCCCUCUCACCUUCCACAGUCAUGCUGUGGGAGACAAGGUGCGCCUGAGCCAGGGGUGUCAACUUGCAGUGAGGAAAGAGGGCACGUUCAGAAACGGUGUGGUGUUCAGCAGCCGCCCAGUGACGAUCCACGAGAUGAUUCGUCUCAGGGUGGAGAAAGCUAUGUAUAUGUGGCAUGGAGCUCUGCGUGUGGGCUUCACCAAUGUGCCGCCCUCAGCCAGAUCUCUACCUCUGCCCUGCUUGGCCAUCCCAAACCUCACUAACAACCCUGGGCACUGGGCUGCUGCUGUGCCUGAAUCCUACUGCCAAACCGGUUCAGAGCUGGAGUUCUGGGUUUCAAGUGGUGGCACCAUAUAUGUCCAAAGCAACAACUGCCCGAAGCGCAAACUACUAACAGGAGUGGACCUCAGUCUGCCACUGUGGGCAAUGAUAGACAUCUACGGACAGACAUGUUCCAUUUUCCUCCUGGGCUCAGAGAAAAAAGGGCUGAUGUGCACUAGAAGAUCCUGUCCUGCACCUGAACGCCUCACCUCGCCGGAUAUUCACAACCUCAACAACUUGAUCUCUGAUCUCUCCAACAUCUGUCUUGACAAGAACAUCUCAGCAGAUGAAUACUGUGUGGUGUGCAUGGGAAGAAAGGCAGAAAUCACUCUGCCUUGUGGCCACCUGUGUUUGUGUGACCACUGCAGCCCCAAAGUCCUGCAGGAGUUUGGAACCUGCCCACUGUGUCGACAUGAGAUCAGAGCUCCAUCAGUGAAGGGCAGAUGAGUAUCUGGGGCGGCCUAAACUCCAAGACAACAGGAAGUUGCUGAGUGACUGCAAUAAACAAUGCAUCAUGAGCGGGACCUAUUAAUGUGUCCUUGUGUAGCCCAGUGGUUGGGGCGGUUUUUGGGGUGUGGCCACAGUGACCCUUGCCGAAGCCAAGCCAGGAGCUUUGUGACAUGUGUCCAGCUCUCUCUUCCAUAAUAUGUGAAUGCUGUACUGAGAUGUUUGUGUGAAGACACUGGAGUAUUUAUAUCUGAUCAUGGAAAAGAAAUGGUGAAAAAAGACUUGAAAAAUGAAGAAACUGCACAUUUAUUUUGUUUGUUAAAUAAGUGUAAAACAUGUUGGUGCGGACAAUGUAUCUAUGUAAUAUAGUUAUAAUAUUUUCCCUUGAUUGUAAAUCUUAAAUCAAUCUUUAUUUUUGUAAAGUUUGAAAAUUAAGCUUUUAUAUUAUUUGAUCAUGAAAAUGUUUAAAAGA